GGGGUAUAUAUGCUUAACAGCUCAUUAUGUUCACGAUAAUUGGAAACUGAAUAGUAAGAUUUUAUCUUUUUGUUCAUUGCCUCCUCCACAUUCUGGUAGAGAGUUGGCUAAGAAGAUCUUUGAUUGUUUGAAGGAGUGGGGGAUAGAGAAAAAAAUAUUUUCUCUUACAUUGGAUAAUGCCUCAGCUAAUGAUAGUAUGCAAGACAUAAUGAAAGAACAACUUUGUUUGCACAAUAAUUUAUUGUGCAAUGGUUAGUUCUUUCAUGUAAGAUGUAGUGCACAUAUAUUGAAUCUUAUAGUACAGGAUGGAUUAAAAGUGGCUAACAAUGUCUUGCUGAAAAUUCGGGAGAGUGUGAAAUAUGUUAAAGCAUAUGAGAGGAGAGAAAUCAUCUUUGAUGAGUGUGCUAAGGAAGUUGGAAUUGAUUCUGGGGGUGGUUUGCGUUUAGAUGUACCGAAUCGGUGGAAUUCCACUUAUGCAAUGCUUGAGAGUGCUAUUAGGCAUCGACGUGCAUUCAGUAGCCUAAAACUGAACGACCCGAAUUAUAAGAGUUUUCCUUCUCCGGAUGAAUGGGAAAGAGGCCAAAGAAUUUGUGAACUUCUGGAGCCGUUUAAUGAAAUUACCUCUAGCUAUCCUACUUCAAAUUUGUAUUUUAUGCAUGUUUGGAAGAUUGAAUGUCUGCUCAGGAAGAAUAUUGUUUCCAAGGAUGAAAAAGUUAAAGCUAUGGCAUGUGAUAUGCUAGUGAAAUUUGCCAAAUAUUGGAAUCAAUAUAGUAUCAUUCUGGCCAUGGGGGCUGUUUUGGAUCAAGAAUGAAGUUUGAGCUAUUGGAGCAUUGUUUUAACAAACGUGAUCCCAACACUUCUCAAGAAAAGUUGAGUCUUGUGAAAGAGAAACUAUAUUUGCUCUUUGACCAAUACAAGAGUAAAUCCGUGCUGGCUACUUCUUCAAAUGUUACUCCAACUGCACAUGCAAGUGUCACAAUGCAACAUGGCAGAGGGUUGUCUAUCUUCAAUGAAAUCCCUGCAUUUGAGAGCCAAAAUAUAACCGAUAAUGGAAAAUCAUCUUUGGAUAUGUACUUGGAAGAAGGGAGAUCUGAGAUGAAAUACUUUUAUGAUAUGGAUGUUCUACAAUACUGGAGUGAUCGUAAAAUGCGAUAUGGUGACUUAGCAUUAAUGGCAUGUGAUGUGCUUAGUAUUCCUAUCACCACAGUGGCAUCCGAGCCAGCUUUUAGCAUUGGCUCUCGUGUUUUGACUAAAUACAGAAGUUGCAUUCUUCCUGCACGUGUCCAAGCGUUAUUAUGUUCCCGUAACUGGUUAAAGGGAUAUAAAGUCCCUGAGGAUGAUGAUGAAAGCACCGGAGAUGGUUCAGAUCCACCGCUAGCUUAAUGCUUAUCUGGAGAUGGAUAAUUUAGCUCCAAACGUUGUGCAGAUGGAUUUAAUGAAGGAGUGUUGAAUUCUGCAGAUAGUUUGAUCAAAGCUAUCAUGUUUUUGUUUUGAGUUGAAUUAAAGCAUUAAACUCAUGGACAUUUUUGGGUGUUUGCCUUUUAAACUUUAAUGAUUUUGGCCUUUUAAACUCCUGGACAUUUUUUGGAUCGAC